UUGACAUCAUCAUCAGAUCAUUAGACCAGACGUAGACACCUUUAUCUUCCAUCUCAGUGCCGUCCAAUUCCACAUCCACUCUCCUUCCCAACCUCUUCCAUGGCUGCCGAACCUCUGGUCGCCAUCACCUUACUCCUCCUCAUCCUCCCUUUCUCAUCCCCCUCCUUCAGCCCCAUCUUCCUCUCUUGCGGAUCUUCCUCCAACGUCAACUUCACCAGCGACACUCCCCCGCGCACCUUCACCCCUGACGGCGAAUUCCUCCUCUCCUCCUCCAACUCCAAAACAGACUCCUUUUCAGCUUCCGCUGUGUCCCCCCUCUACACCACCGCCCGCCUCUUCACUUCCCCUUCCUCUUACAGCUUCGAAGUCGACCCCAACGCUUUCUACAUCCUCCGCCUCCACUUCUUCCCCUUCAACUCCACCUCCAAAGCCCAAUUCACUGUCUCCGCCAUGAAACGUUACCUCCUCCUCUCCUCCUUCUCGCCUUUCCCUUCCAAGUCGGACAUAAAAGAGUUCUUUUUAUGGAUCGAUACAUCAACUCUUCUCCUCACUUUCUCCCCUGCCCCAAAUAACCUCGCCUUUAUCAACGCCCUCGAGCUCAUCUUAUCCCCUCCCAAUCUCAUCAACGCAAGCCGGCCUAUUUACAUAACGACUUCCGGUAUCUCUCAAGAUGACAACUUUUCCCCUCAGGCGACGGAGACUCUCUACCGCGUCAACAUCGGCGGCCAACUCAUAACUCCGGCGAACGACACGCUUUGGAGAACAUGGGAGACCGACGAUUAUCGCUACUUAUUUGAUAAGAGCUUCUCCGUCGAAAGCAGCACAACCGGUAGAAUCGAGUAUCCGACAGCCGCCGGCCUAACUCGAUCAAUCGCCCCUGAAAUGGUCUACAGUACAGCGCGCACGCUGAACAACUCCACCGGCAUGGCGAACUCCCUCUUCAACCUUACCUGGAGCUUCGACGUGCCUCCGGGAUUCCAAUACCUUGUUCGGAUGCAUUUUUGCAAUUGCUGGUUUCCAAAUCCUUCUAAUUUCUAUUUCCAAGUUUACAUCGGUGAUUCAUUCGCUCGUAAGAAUCUUGAACCUGGAAGUAUGACGAACUGGAGGACAAUGAUUCCAUUCUAUUAUGAUUUCAUCGCCGACGCACCAGUGUCAGGUCCUCUGAACGUUAGUAUCGAGCCGGCGGCCAACAGCGAACCGCCUAAUGCUUUGCUGAACGGAUUAGAGAUCAUGAAGCUGAGCAAUUCGCAUCUCAGUCUCGCCGGAGAGUUCGGUCUCUCUGAUAGCGACAGAAGAAGCCACGCCGGCAAGCAUUUGUUCUCAAUUUUACUCCUUUCCAUUAUCGGCGGUAUUGUUACUCUCGCUGUUCUGCUUUUCGCUCUUCUAUUAUGCUUACGCCGUCGCGGCAGCUGGCGGCGGCGGCGGCGGCGGCGGCGGCGGCGGCAGCAACUACAAAAUCAGGCUGAGGAACAGAAGGACAUCAAGCAUACGACGUCAUGGUCGCACUACAACCACGGGGUUGUAAGCGCACGGAGCGAGUCCACGACCCAUCAAACACAGAACAGCUCUGCUUCCCCGCGAUUCAAUCUUGGUCUCCAAAUAUGUUUUGCGGAAGUCAUGUUCGCGACGAACAAUUUCGAUGAGAAACAGUUAAUCGGCGCUGGUGGGUUCGGGAAAGUGUACAGAGGAGUCCUCUACGACGGCACCGAAGUCGCCGUAAAGCGCGCGGUUCCUGGUUCAAGACAGGGAUAUCCCGAGUUCCGAACAGAGAUCGUCUUCCUCUCCAGAAUCCGUCACCGGCACCUCGUCUCCCUCAUCGGCUACUGUGAGGAGAAUUCAGAGAUGAUACUGGUCUACGAAUACCUGGAAAAAGGAACUCUAAGGAGCUACCUCUACGACUCAGAUCUUCCCUGUUUGUCCUGGAAACAGAGACUGGAGAUCUGUAUCUGUGCGGCGAGAGGGCUUCACUACCUUCACACCGGAUACUCUCAGAGCAUAAUCCACCGCGAUUUGAAGUCCACCAACAUCCUCCUAGGCGAGAACUUCAUCGCCAAACUUUCCGACUUUGGGCUCUCUCUGCUGGGACCAUCCUUUGGGGAGACCCAUGUCAGCACCAUUGUGAAGGGGACAUUCGGCUACAUCGACCCCGAGUACUUCAAGAUCAUGAAACUCACCGAAAAAUCCGACAUUUACUCAUUCGGCGUAGUCCUAUUCGAAGUGCUUUGCGCGCGGCCACCCAUUGUCGACCAUGUCAAUCUCGCCGAGUUGGCGCUUCAUUGGCUGAAAAAGGGGCAGCUUGAAAAGAUUGUGGAUCAGCGAUUGGCGGGGAAGAUGAACGAAAAUUCUCUGAGGAAAUUUGGGGAGACGGCGGCCAAUUGCUUGGCGGAAUACGGCAGGGAUAGGCCGAGCAUUGGUGAUGUGCUGUGGAAUUUGGAGUACGCGUUGCAGUUGCAGGUAACGCAGUUAAGUAGGGAGCCGUUUGAGGAUAGCGGGAUCGUCAAUGAGUCGCAGAUUGCGGUGGCGGAAUCGGUGAGGAGGGAUCCGUCGGAUGAGGCGGAGAAUGUGGGCGAGGAAGAGGUGGUCACGGCCUCGAGUUCGCCGAAAGAGUCCGAGAUAUCGACGAGUAUGGUGUUCUCUCAGCUCGUUACAGGGGAAGGAAGGUGAUUGGAUUCUCGUUGAGAUGUUCUGUCGUGCUUCCUGUUUUUUUUGUAGCGCUGAAGAGUGCGUAUUAUGUAAGUAGUGUUGGCAUUGAAAUUUUAGUAUGGCAAUAUAAAAUAUUACAUGCU